CGACGCAGUACCCGAGAUACGCCUUAUCAAAGUCAAGCACCUUCAGUCAGACGAAUCCAGUGAGAAGAUAAUUGAGUGCUCCAUGCUAGUGGUAUCACUGGAUGCUAUUGAGGAUCAGUACUUUGCGCUAUCCUACGCUUGGGGUGACGCGAAGGCCCGAAAGCCGAUCACUAUCAACGGGCAUGAACGAAUGGUUACCGUCAAUCUUGAGGCAUUUCUACACGAGUGGCGAAAUGGCGCAGUUCGAGAAGAUAGACCUGAGAUAUACGAUACAUAUUUUUGGAUCGAUGCGAUAUGCAUUAAUCAAGAAGAUAAGUCAGAACGAGCCAGCCAAGUAAAUUUGAUGUCCAAAAUAUAUCCUUCGGCCAGAGCAGCAAUGUGUUGGCUAGGCCAAGGUUCAAGAAGCUGCGAAUAUGGUCUGGAGGCAAUAGUUAGGCUUGGAGAUCACGUCCAAAGCUUUCUGGACGAGGACAAUCCGACCGACUAUCUGACAAAGGAAGCUUGGCCUGAGGAGUUCUACCUUGAGGAUGAUAGUGCUGCUGGCACUUACCAAAAUGUGGCCUGGAACGGUAUGCAAAACCUAUUCGCCGUGGAAUACUGGGUUCGUGCAUGGAUUCAACAAGAAUUUGCACUCGCCAAGACUGUAAUAUUCAAGUAUGGAAGGGCAGUCGCUCUCUUAUCUCAUAUGAGAUACGUAUGGAAAUGGUGGAAGGGUUUUGAGCACCAAGUUCGGCCAGAAUUUAUAAGCCAUUCACUCUGGAGAAAAUUGGCCAAGACACCAUUUCGACAUCUUCUCGGAAUGGAAGAUCACUUGCAACGACUAGAAUUCUUGAAACUAACCUCCCGGGAUCAUACAGUGAUGGAGACGACGGACUUGGCCUUCUUCACACUCUAUACGGCUCUGCGAGUUGUGCAAGCGACAGAUCCCAGAGAUAUGCUAUAUUCGCUUCUUGGUGUCAUGAAAUUGGGUAUUCAGGCCAAUUACGAGCUUACGGUCGAAGACGUCUACUAUCAAUUUGCCACAACAUGACUAGCUAAACCGGGUGGCCUUGUCUUCCUUCUUGGGGCCGGUGGGCCUUGUCCUGAAGCGAAUCAUCGUGACGAAUCCCAGCAAUGCCAGCUCCCAUCAUGGGUGCCAUGCUGGACUUCACUCUCACCAGGCUUGAAUAAAAUGGGAAUAUCCAUACGGAAAGGGGCAAUCGAAGCUGGCUUCACAUGUAGUACCGUGCGCAUUGACGGUAGAUGUCUACUUCUGCGUGGAUACAAGAUGUCAACAGUCAAAUGGGAUAAGUCCAUCAACGCAGAGAAUUUUCGGUCAUUUCUGGCUAGCUAUGUUCAGGACCCACCGGCAUGUCCACCCAAUACCCAGAGCCGCCGGCUUCAGCUCUUAUUGCGCUUGAUUUGUGACGAUAAACAUCCUACCUCGGGCAAUCCCCUAAUCUUCAAGUCAUCUUCCUGGGACGAAGUACUGGAAGCGUUGGGAACCGUCAUACUUGCCUUCUCAUACCGAUUCUCUCAUCCAGCCUCGGAUAUUAUGAUUUGGUUGGGACUUCCGACAAAUGGCGACGUCGCCGAAAAGCUACUAAAUGAACCGCUUCCGCCAGGAGUCGACCCAUCAGCACCCGUUAUUUCACCUGACCGCCGCUACCCCGUGCUUGCCAUAGCGGCUAUGUUGGGUGCAAACCUUCUCGAACACUAUGUUU